UAUAGGCAUCCUGGUCAUUCGAACAUCGCGACUGAAUGAAGUCGCAUCACAAUGUCACGAAGGAAGCAGCCUAACCCGCGCUCACUUAAAGACCAAGAAGAGAACCAUGUGGCUAAGGUCAACAAGGAGCCCUGCUUUACAAUGGUGGCCAGUUAUGAGAACUUGAAUGAACAAGAGUCAGAUCAGGAUCUUGAUUACGAUGAUUAUGCUCCACUAGUUGUGGACACCUCCAGGCAAGCAGAAGACAUUGAUGAUCAAGAUGAUUUGAUAACCGUUAAUAAUAUACAGCAGUCAUCCUCUGAAGCCAGUAGCUAUACAUCGCAGACAGAGGUAGCCAGGAGUGCCACAUUACUUAAAAACACAGACGACAGCUUUAAACCCAAUAACUUCAUAUUCACUUCUCCAUCCUUAAGCAAUCAGGACCAACUGAGUAAUUGUUCCUCGGAGCAGGACCAGUUGUUCAUUGAUAGUGGAGAACCUAACACUGUGUCGGAAAAGUCAUCUCGGACUCCUUCCGUUUCUAGUCUUUCUGAUCAACUCAGUCCCAGUGGACUUAGCUCAAAUAUAUCAGCAUCUAAAGUUCAUAGACGAGGAAAAAAGACUCUGUCAAAUCAAGCGGAAAAAGAUCCUGAUGUAAAUGUAGAGUGUGAGGAGUCAGAAUCUAAGAUUUUACCCAUCACUAAUGGAGAAGGGGGUGAUGCAAAGUACGCCUGUCCCAUAUGUAAAACCAUCCUCUCAUCAUCUCAUGAUUUAACCAAACACAUCAGGUCCCACAACCAAAACAACACUUCUCAGGCCAACACCUGCACCAUUUGUGGAAAAGUGCUCAGUUCUCAGAGUUCACUUGAUCGACAUAUGCUCGUACAUUCAGGGGAAAGACCAUUUCAGUGUAAGAUCUGUAAAAUGUCAUUUACUACAAAUGGUAAUAUGCAUCGCCAUUCAAGAAUUCAUGCCAAAGAAAAUGAACUCGGUGGAUCCACAGGAAUGAAACCCAUCCGUCCAAAACCUAAAACUCCCACCUGGAAAUCUAGGCCCAUAAUUCCUAACACCAGCACUCCCACUACAUCACUGACCAUAUCGCCAGGAACAUCACUUCUGUCAACCGAACUUCUGUCCAAUAUGCCAAAGUUCUCCAUUCUAGAGACCAAACCUCAAGUCUUGACUGCAAGCGAACCUGUUUCUGUUGGUCAGAAGAGAGCAUUCAACUUCAUUGAGUAUUCUCCUAAUCAGUAUACCAGUCCAACAAAGAAGAUAAACCUAACCCAGGUUACCCCUACCCAGGUCGUAACGGAGAAAUCCCCCACUCUAGUCACACCACCACCAUCCAGUAUUACCAAAAAACCAAAGGACUCCCGAACAGAAAUCAAAUCCUUCACCAACUCCGCCCACCAUGACAGGAAAGGUCCCUUGGAGUCUGUGAACGGAGAGGAGAGAGAAGGAGACCAGCUUCACUGUCCUGUCUGUAACAAGGGCUUCCUGUGUAAAUAUGGACUAGAGACCCACCUAGACACCCACCCUGAGUAUUCUAUGAAAUGUGGAAUAUGUCACAUGUCAUUUCCAACCCUCAGGGGCCUGAGCAUGCACAAACUUAUGGUCCACAGUAAGGAGAAGUCUGUGGAAGAUACUGAAAACAACCCUGAGCCUAAGUCCUCUCCCCCAGCUGUUGUGGGAUUCUAUGAUCUUGGUUUUAUGGACUUCUCAGUCAAAAAAUUUCCUUUAGUUGCCAAGUCCUAUUGUGAGGAAAACGUGAGAAUAUCGAGCAGUAUUUACCACAAUUUUCACUGUAGCGAGUGUUCAAAGGCCUUUCCAUCUCGAGCAUCUUUACUCUUACACGAGUACACUCAUAGUCCAGAGAAGACCUCACAGUGCCCUCUAUGUGAGUGUGAUUUUUUGGACACUAACGAACUUCACCUUCACAUGGUCAAGCAUCUAUCAGACAAAGCUUUCAAUGAUGUCAUGGUAAAGAGCAAAACUGAAAAAGUCCUGAAAUCCCCAAAACCUGAUAAAAUUGGAAAACAUGAUUUCUUAGCCUCAUUUGGUUUGACCACUGUGAGCGAAGCCGAACUUUUACAGAAAAGAGAUAAAGAACUGAAGUUAGAAGCAAACCCAAGCAUGGAUAAGAAAGAAAAUAAUGAUUAUUUUGCCAGACUUGGCCAGGUUUUCUCCUCUGAUAUAUCUCCCAUUAAUCCACUUAUUGCUGCCAAAUUUGCCCAGAUGUCUCCUGAAGAACAGGCCAAAGCUUACAUUGAAGCCCAGAAGUUUGUCCAGGCUGCUAUGGCCAUGCCUCAGUUCUUCCAAGGAAUGGAGCAAAUUUCUGGUCUCAAUGCUUCUCAGUUUAAAGCCUUCAUGCCUUCAAUACUUCCCCUUGGUUUGCCAAAGUCCAGUGCCAACAACACUAUGUCUCUGAACCAGCUAACUACCCUAGCAGCCAUGACAAGUCCAGCUAUGCUGACCAGUAUGAUGGCGGGACAGAAUAUUUCCAGCCCCCUUCCAACACCCCCUCCCAGCAGUGAGAGUGGCUCUUCUGGAGAAAUGUCUGACAAGUACCCCAAUAAGAAUGGUGUCUUCCAGUGCAAAUACUGUGAUCUGGUGUUCACCAACUAUAGAACCAUGAAAGGCAAGAGAAUUUUUCUUUUUUUUUUUGCUAUUUCUUUUAUGGAAAAUGUAUUUUAUGUUAAAGAUCCAUCUUUCUCUAUAAUUGUAAUAAAAUUGUAUACAUUUAUUGGUUCACUGAUUUUUUUGCGCUGGUUUUGCUCAGAAAUUAAAGCAAUAACAGGUCACACUCGAACCCACCUUGGUCUGUCUCCAUACAAAUGUAACCUAUGUAGUUACUCCAGUGCAGAUAAGAGCACACUGAUUCGUCAUCUAAGAACCCACAAUGGAGAACGACCAUUUCAGUGCAGAGUUUGUGACUUUGCCUUCACUACUAAAGCCAACUGCGAGAGGCAUGUCAGAAAGAAGCAUGGCAAGUAUCUGAAAGAAGAAGUAGAUGCUGCCAUUGGGUACAAUAAAUAUGUGGCAGAAUCCUCCAGCACCACAGAAAAUUUCCAGUCCCCUGACACAGUCUGUAAAUACUGUGGUGAAGACUUCAAGUUUUUUCGGGCUUUAAAACACCACCUCCGUUCACACAGCAGCUGUCCACAGAAACCCUUCCUCUGUAUGCGCUGUGACAUUGGGUUCUCUACCAAAGCUAACUGUGUCAGACAUCUACAGAAGCAACACCCUGAGGUAUCCCAGUAUCAGAUAGAGCAGUUCAUCCAUGUUAAUGAACCCUCCCUCCUGGAGGAUGGGGAGAAGUCGUUUGGGGAGGGCUUGUCGGAUGACAGCCAGACAGCAGACACACUUGACUUCUCUGGAGGAAAUCCGCCAGCUGCCCACUCAUCCACCAAAUCUCUCCUAGCAACAGAAAGCCGUACUCAGUCCCCCAUUACAAAUAUUAAGGCAGAAGCCGUGAAAAUUAAGCAGGAGCCAAUGGACAUGGAUGAUUUGCCUCUUGACUUUAGCGUAAACAGGAGUUCUACCUCAACACCUGAUGUCAAACCAAAAGUGGACGAGUUGCCAAUGGAUCUUUCUUUUAAAGGAAAGGAGGCCAGUGAUUCUCCGACCCCAAAUUCCCGCUCCAUCGUAUAUGACACUAAUGUAUACCAGUGCCAGUUCUGUCCAAUGGGAAUCUCCAGUCAGAGGAUGCUGGAGCGCCACCUGUUGCAGGACCACCACCAUCUGCUGGAGAGAAUGGAGAAACAGGCGCUGAAGGAAGCCACAACAUCAGAACCAUCAACCAAACUGUCCACUAGCCAUGGCAGCGAGGAAAGGAUGAAAAUCCUGAUGCGCUUUCCAAAAACUGGAAACAAUGCAAGGAGUCUAAAGGAUAGAAUUAACAAACCAGACUCCAAAUUCAAUCAUGGUUCAGAUACUGCCUCAGAUCUUGCCUCGGUGAAAAAAAUUCUUGAUGCCGCCAUUCAACCUUUCCAAUCAUUUCCAAUUGAUAAUUCUAACCUGUCUGGUAAAUCAGGUGAUGAUUCAAUGGAUUAUUCCAUUGAUGAAGACGGUACAUGUAAAAGCAAAGAUCUGGAGGAACCUCCUGUUCUCAGCCCUAGAAAUAAGGGGGAUAACUCUAGCAUGCACAGUGACCAAGACAUGCCUGAAAUAGCAGAGAGCCCAGAACAGUUUGCUAAGAUGUUCAUCAAUGCACCAAAAAUACCAAAGACAGUGACAGAGCCUGCAGACAAGCUUCUAGUGAAGAAGAAAAGAAAUUCAUAUGCUGACUCCCCACAUAAGUUACAAUGUCCUUACUGCACCAGGACCUUCCCGUGGGUUAGCUCCCUUACCCGCCAUCUCCUGACCCACACAGGACAGAAGCCAUUUAAAUGUCCCCGCUGCCCAGUCACUUUCUCCACCAAGUCAAACCGCGAGCGCCAUCUCAUCAGGAAACAUGGUGUUAACAUGAUGGACCCACUGUCUCGUCAAACCAUGGACCGCCCAUACAAGUGUCAUCUCUGUGUAUUCAGCUCCUUUUCAACUCAAGGUAACCUGCUGAAGCACUACAAGGAGCGCCAUGUUGGCUGUGAACUUCCGGACACCCUGGCUGACCUUGAUAGAGCUGUCACCAAGGGACUCAGUACCACCAUUCCCCCACACGAGCGUGGCAUGUACAGUAUUGAGAGUUACAACAUGGACAUUCAACUUAACAAGCAGGAUGAACAGAGCCUCCUAAACAAGACCAAGGACUCCGACACUCCAACUGCCAUAACCACUUUUAUAGUUCCCGAUGACUUGAAAUCUGAUGAUGAUGAUGACGAUGAUGAUAUAAUUCCGCUGAACAUUGAUAACUCCAUAGAAGAACCCUCUCCUAAACCAUCGCCUAUCCCAGAAUUCACAGGGUCUGCAGAACGCCAGAUCAACCCAGAGCGAGACAACUACAAUGUUGAUAAGAUCACCAACUGCUGGAAAUGCAAUGAGAAAUUUGUCUCUCGUAAAUUACUGGUUCGCCACCUGAAGGAGCACAACAUUGAUCUCCCUUUCAAGUGUUACUUGUGUGAUGCCUCAUACGAGACCCGAAAGUCCUGCCUAGAUCAUCAGGAGAGCGCCCACUCCUCUGACUGGAAGAUCCUCAAGGAAAAGAACAAGGUGGAUAAUGUGGACACAUUUGCCAGACAUAUGGAUAAGGUGGUGGAGAACAACUGUAAUAAGGUGGAUCAAGGGGCAGUGCUGGAGAUUCCUGGUCAGAAUGCAGAUGACCCUAAGAUGGAGGUGGUGUCUGCGGACUACAUGCAGCGUAAAGUGUACUGUUCACUCUGUCCUAAGCGAUUCUGGUCCUUGCAGGACCUGAGGCGCCACAUGAGAUCCCACACAGGAGAGAGGCCUUUUGAAUGUGACAUCUGCCACAAGCGCUUCACCUUGAAGCACAGUAUGAUGAGGCAUCGUAAGAAGCAUGUGGACUCUGGCUCACUGAGCCCAAGUGAUGAUGAGGACAAUAACAACAACCAAGAUGAACCUGGUGUCAGUAAACUGAUGACUCAUCAUCGACCUAUAUUACCCAGAAUGCCUGCUGCUGCUAUCCCAGUGAUCCCUGUUACUGUCAUGACAGAUUCUCCCAAAGUCAUUGAGAACCGCCCACAGUUUAUCACGGUUUCCUCCACCCCGAUACCACAGCCGGCAAAAUCCACCACCAUUACCAUGGAGACAGAUACCAAAGACAACAGUGCUGACAUUCUCCACAAUCUGCUUGGUGUGGAUGUGGGAUCCAUCGACCAGAUGCUAGACUCAGCAGACAGUGCUGCCAAGCUACUGGGCAUGUGAACAUUGCUAUGGGAAAUAAAUGGCAUAUGAAAUAGAUGGCAUAUGAACAUUGCUAUGGGAAAUUGAUACUAUGAGAAAUAGAUGACAUUUAAACAUUGCUAUGGGAAAUGUAUGAAGAUGGCAUGUAAAAAGUAUUUGGGGAAAUAAAAUGAUAAUCAAAUGCAUGAAUAUUGAAGCAAAUGUAUAUUAAGUGAAUUUUAAAUUGGUGAACAGUUAGUUGAAUGGGGUUGAAAGAUUCUGAAACAUUAAAAUGUCUUAUUAAGAUAGUACAUGAUUGUAUAAAUGUCUCAUGAUUUGAUGAUAGUGUUUAACUUGAUAUGAUUAAUUGGAUGCUAUGUGAGGAGUUAUUUUCUUCACUUGUAUAUACAUUAUCUCAUUUAGUAAUUCAAUGUGUGGUCACCUCGUCUUUGAAGAUUGGUGUCAUUGAUGCCUUGUUACCUCUUAGUUUACUUGUCGUAAGAUCACUAUAUACAUGUACUUUGUGUGAUAAAUUAGCAAGUUUGUCUGAAAUGCACAGAAAUAUUAUAAAGUAACAUAUAUUUGUAGCAGUUUCUGUUUCCUGGUAUUUCCCAGUUGUUUUGAAAUAACUUGUGUCAGGGAUUAUUUAUUGAACAUUCCAAAACUUGUUGUGUAGUGAUUUAGUAAAAGUGUUCAUCAUAGUUGACAUGAGGAAAAAUAAAUACAAGGUAAUGUGCAUAGAGUGUGUAAAUGUCAAGUUCCCGAACACAUGGGAACAAACCACAAUGAAUUGUAAAUACUUUUAUACAUUCCGAUUGUUGUAUACAAAUGUUGUGUGCAUGUAUUUGUGUAUAUAUAUAUUAUGAUUUACUGUUUUUUAUAUGAAUGCUCCAAGAGGAAAUAAUUUUGUCUCUUAAUAUUGACAAUCCACGCUCCCUUUGGGAGUCCCCAAUAUGGCACCCCACCGCACGUGUUUCCGCACAUUUUUGUGAGUCGUGAAAAAAAAGUGCAUAGGACAACACCCUAGUCUCCUGACAGAUCUGUUAUUAGUCAAAAAUUAUUUAUUUAUUCAUUUGUUAUGACUUUUUUUUUCCUAUGUUGAAUUUUGUACAUUAUUUGUAUAUAUGGAUGUGUUUAAUAGUGACAACUUUCAGACUUCUUUUUUUGAGAACUAUGCAUUCCUUUUUUUUAUAAACAAGCUCCUGCAACAGCAUUCCAACCAUUCUCUUUAAUUUUCAUUUGUUAAAAUGUCUGAUUUCUAUAUUUAUUUAUUAUUUGUUUUGAUAAGAAAAUGUUACACAUUUUAGUUUGGUGUAGGGGAAGUAACCAUUCCAUUGUACACAUUAGAGUUUUUGUGUUAGUGCCUUAGACCAAAAUAGUAUUGGAAUUGGAAAUGGGAUUAGUCUCGAAGCCACAGUGUUUAAAAUCAAAUCCAAUUUUUUAUUUAAGAAAAAAAAUGUCUCUCUUUUUUUUUUAUUCUUCCAUUGUGUGAGUUUUUAAUUAUGGAUUACAGGGAUUUUGACAAUGUCAAUGUAGGUAUGGAGUUUAAGUCACAAAUAUUUUUAAAAAACUUGUGUGUGUUUUAAUUUGCUGGUCAUGAAAGCAUUAAUAUGCAAUGAAUUUCAUUAAACUAUAUUAGUAGAAAAA